ACGUAUUAUUUUCUUAAGGAAUGUGAUGGAGGAUCCAUGGCAGUGUCCUUGUGGCCACGUCUUCUGCAAGGUGUGCAUCCAACACUGGCUACAGUCUCACAUGUUCAGCAACUGCCCCGUCUGCCGUGUACCGUGCUUCAAGUUCCAACUCAGGCCCGUCGUGCACAUGGUGCGUAACCUCAUCAACUGUCUCACCGUGCGAUGUGAGAACUCAGAGGCGGGAUGCGACAAGAAGGUAGAACUCCAGAAGUAUGACAGCCACAAGAAGGUUUGUGAGUUUGCCACAGUGCCUUGUCCCAAUGAAGGCUGUGAGUUGCACAUUCUCAGGAAGGAUGUGGAGGAACAUGACCAUGUGUGUGACUACCACCAACUCAUGUGCCCUGAUGGCUGUGGUGACUCCAUCCUUAGGAAGGAACUGGACAGCCACAGCUGUAUCAUGGAGGAAAGAGUGCCAGGGAGAAAGAACUGGAUACUCAAUAAAUCAUGGAAGGACCUAAGAAAUACUAGUAGGAACUUAAGGAAAACUCCAGGCCUUUUGAGGAAGCUGCCUUUUAUAAAAAUUGUACGGGAAAUCUGUCUGAAGGUGUGUGCGGGGAAGAACCUCAAGUGGCGGGUGUGUGCCGUUAUGGCACUAGAAGAGUUAGCUGAAGAGUUUGUUCUUAAUGUCCAAGAUGACUUUAAGACUGUGUGUCAGAAAGCUGGUGUCAGGCCUCAGCGCAUCCAAGUCAUUAUGGACAAAGUCUUGGACGACUUUGAGAGCGAUUUGCUUUGAGUUAGAGAUGUAUCUUAUGGUAUGUUUUACACAAGAAA